AUGAUGCUAAAUACAGAGGGCCUCAUUGGCUGCUUACGGGGCCUUUGUACUGAAGGUGAAGGGGAUACGAGUGAAUGUUUGGCCCGUUUUAACUGCUGGCUUCAGAGUUCAGCAGAACUGGCCAAGAAGGAGCUGUUAAUGCUCUGUUUCGGUCGAUGUAAAGGCUUGUGGAUGUUUAUAGAUGAAAACUCUGUCGCUCUAGUCCAUAAACUGGUCCUCAAGUUGAAGAACCUGCUUUCUCUGGUCCACCUAGUAAAGAAACAAAGUGAGCCUCUACACUCCAAACAAGGAAGAAGGGCUUCAUAUAUAUGGGGUUGUUGGAAACAAGAACAUCAUGCCAUGAGGCAACACAUCCUGCUGGGCCGCCUGGUGCAGUGGUGGAGCAUCACAGGACUUCUGCCCAAGUACCCAGAAGCCCAUGAGCUGAAGAGGAUAUCUCAGAUGUGGCGUGAGAUGGACCACAAACAAAGGAGAACAUGUCUGCAGUUGAGCAGUUAUGCUGAGGAUAAGUACAGAUGGAGUUCUCUUAUUCAGGGUAUGGUAGCUCAUAUGGACAAACAACACGGGCCUAUAUGGGUUUCAGAAGACUGUGCCUACCAGACGUACCCACCACCAUCUCUAGAAGCUUUACUAAAGCUAGUGCUGCUGCCUAAUAUUGACAUGGUGUCCGUCCAAGCCAUUGUAAUGUACUUUGUCCUGGAUGUGUCUAACUUCCUGCAGUGUAAGGAUGAUCUCCUGCAGUCAUUCUGUCAUGUUUUCAGUAUCUCAUCUGCAUUUUCCCAACAGAUUUUUGGAUUUUGGCUUCUAGAUCACGGAUUAGUAACAGAUUCAAUGGAUGUCUUAUUGAGCCCAAGAGCUUGUCCUCCAGCACUGUCAUGGCACCACUGUGCUGUUCUGAGGACCUUACUGAGGACAGGAGAGAAUCAAGCAGCACUGAAGUAUCUAUACACCAUCACACCAGCCAUGGAGAACAUUCACGAUAUCAAACUCUGUGUGGAUGUAUUAAUACAGAACAAAUGUAUAUCAGCAGCCUGGGCUCUGCUCAGAGGACUUCAUGAAGAUGUUCAUUUGUUCAAACACUUCAUUCAUGUCUGUGAGAAUCGUGGGAUUUGUAGUCAUACAUUGGCCACACUAUGCGAGGGUAUGGCUCGUCUCCAUUUGACGGAAAGCCAAAAUAUGCAGUCCAAUGAAGCACAAACACGGAAUCAAGAAACAAUAGGUCAAUGUCCAGUAAGACCUGAACCAGGUAAACUAUGCUCAACUAUUCAUCUCAAAUAUACUGUAAGAUGUUAUAUAUAGUCCUCUUAUUCUGUGUAAAUGAUGGGGUUUCAAGGACAAACUCCACGUCCACUGUCUGCAUGGCUGUACCAAAUGGAUGACCAACUGACCCCUGGAGAUUUUGUCAGGAUACUCAGACAAUCUAUUUCUGAAAUAUGUCCACUACCAAAGAA